AUGGCCGCCAAAGCAGUGAUACCAUUCCUCGUGGGAAUGAUGCUGGUCACUGGGUGCGCCAACACACUUCUGACAAAGUUUCAAGAUCAACAAUGCGUAAGGGGCUGCACAAGCAAGAACCCGAACGAUCACAGGACGUUCGAACAACCAGUCAUCCAGACAGUACAAAUGUUCAUCGGUGAGAUGGGAUGUUGGCUUGUCAUGUUGGGCUUCUACCUGUACCGCUAUGUGAUCCUUCGCUCCAAAGAUACUCCUCUCUUCCACCGACCUGUCAAUGCCGAAGACGACCAGGAGGAGGAGCAGGAGGAGGACGAUGACACUGUCCGGCCGGCCUCUUCACGCGAUGCUACCGAUCCCGCCUUGAAGCCGCUGUUACCCAACGCCGACGAUCGAGCGCAUCUUGAGGGUUGGAGGGUCGUUUUGUUAGGACUUCCAGCAUGUUGUGACAUUGCAGGCACAACCCUGAUGAACGUUGGAUUACUGUUUGUGGCUGCCUCCAUAUACCAAAUGACCAGAGGCGCGCUGGUUCUGUUUGUCGGACUGUUUAGUGUCCUGUUCUUGAAGAGAAAGCUCUAUCUGUACCAUUGGGUCUCACUUCUCAUUGUGGUGCUAGGGGUUGCCUUGGUUGGCCUGGCUGGGGCGAUUUCCUCUGGCGAUAAGAACUCUCCUGCACCCAAGGAGGGUAGCCUGGAGCUGGUGCGGCACGCGAUACUCAAUGUGAGAGACGUUGUACUGGAAUCGGUGGAUCCUACAGUUUUGCGCACAAUCCUGGGUAUUUUCCUGAUCGCAUUCGCUCAAAUCUUCACCGCCACACAAUUCUGCCUCGAAGAAUGGAUCCUGGAACAUUACGCCCUGGAGCCACUCAAGGUGGUUGCGUGGGAAGGCUUGUUCGGCUUCGUCGUCACCGUCAUAAUUCAAGUCAUUCUGCACUUGGCGGUUGGCAUCACCAAAGCUGGGAAGUACGGAUACUUUGAUGCCGAGGAAGGCUAUCGUCAAGUGUUCAGCAACCGUGCAAUCGGCAUUUCAAGUCUCGCAAUCAUGGUCUCUAUUGGCGGCUUCAACUUCUUCGGCCUCUCGGUAACUCGAAGCAUAUCCGCCACUUCUCGGUCUAUUAUUGAUACCUGCCGCACGCUUUUCAUUUGGAUUGUCUCGCUUGGACUUGGAUGGGAGUCAUUCAAAUGGCUCCAGGUGCUGGGUUUUGCCUUGCUAGUAUAUGGUACAUUCAUGUUCAACGACCUCGUCAGACCACCGAUCAAAGCCCUGUUUCCGCAAAGGCGAACCGACGACGAUUCAUUGGACAGCCUCCAUAUACUGUCGUAUUACUGCGAUGAUCGGGACGGCGACGAGCAAGACCAAGGAAGCCAACCCUCUGAGCAUGGUACACUUGAGGACGACAAUCUAAGCACGGCCUCUGAAUCCACGCCAGUGACUCCGCGUGACGACGACUAUCGAGACACCCUUUGUUCGGGCGAAUCUGGGUGGCUAGCCAAUACCACGUCGCAUGAAGAGAGAAUGCGGCGAUUCAAGGCUCGCUACUAUCAAGUCGUGCAACGUCCUUGCACGUCUGUUUGCACAGACGACAACGAGGAUGGAAUGAUGAUCGCCACCGUUCUCGUUGGACCAGGCAAGCCAAGAUUAAUCCAUAUCCACCGUCCGCCGUCUAGCCAGUCGAGGUCUGAGUUGCCAGGCGACAGCACCGGUGCUCCAUCUACACCAAAGCAAGCGCAUGUUGAGAUCUCUGCCUUCAGCCCGUAUGACACUCCUUGUGAUGUGACUCAAUUCAAGUCACACGUUUCAGACAGCGUCUGUCCUCCGGUCUCAGGAGCCUCACCUCCCUUGACCGAGCCUUUCCCACGGCUUAUGGCCUUGACACUGCGAAGUGGGACAAGCGCAACGGAGCCACGCGGUACCGACAACAUCGACACCGGCAUCAGGAUAUCGACAGACCCCUUCAGAAGAUCUCCUCGGAGGAUGCAGAGCGAUCGAUCGUCUCCAACGCUAGAGAAGAGAUGGGCGAUUUGGAAGACACUGGAAAUGGACGCGCAGUCUAUUUCAAGAUUGUCACCUUCUGUCAAGAGCGCGAAAUGGUCACGAUGCCGAAAGCUGGAAAGGGCGCUCAACGCGGUCACCGUCGCUAUUGACGAAUUCCCUGAUGGCAUGCUCUGUCUCGACUCGUCUGUUGUCAUGGAGCUGCGGAACCCACAAAUCUCAAACACAGUCUAUAUCGAGGCUCUUGGCCGAAUAUUUCCUUCUGCAUCCUUAUUGCUCAUUUCGGCAAUCACGGCCUGGGUGAUUGUGGACCUCCACUUCUCCCGACUAAAAGGCCAGGUCGUCCCCAUGGAGCGGUAUUGGGCCCAGGCCGCAGAGUCUAAUGAAAGCUUGCAUCGAAUCCCCGAUAAAGCACGAGAAAUGCUGGGGAUUGGUCUUCCUGAUGAAUCGUCGAUUAAACUUAACGAGUACGCACUAAGAAAGAGAGCGAUAGCCAUGCAGGCAGGCAUUGGCAUUAUCGGACAAAGGUUGAUCGAAGGUUUGAGAGGGUCAUGGGAUGAAGACAUAUGGCGAUCUCUCAAAGUCUUGGUGGAGGUAAUCGAGGCGAGUCCGCCUCGCUGGCCCUGA